AUGACCUCAGACAUCCAUGGGAAUGCUAAAUUGGCUUCCGGUCCAGGUGGAAAGACCCCGAUAGUGUCGGAAAAGGCCUCGACUAUGCCGUGGAACUUGACCACCGACACGUCGUCGUCAGAGGCUCCUUCUCGACCCCCAUUGAAUUCGCAGCAGUCGAACUCCCUCCCCUCAACGCCUUACCAACAUGCGCGGAACCUCUCCUUUAACUCCCGUUCCCCGUCGCCCCCUCACGGAAGCACUUCCCCCCGAUCCACCCAUUCCGAGUCCACACACCUACCGCCAUCCUUACGAAAACCGUUUUCCGGCUGUAAAUAUGAAACCGCCAUGGCCUUCUUUCGAAGAAGGAUGCCGUAUAGCCUGGGUGCCGAUUUGUUGCCAGACGAGAAGGAGGGUCUCAAGGAGAGGUUGGAGCCGGAGGAGGAACAGAGGCUGACCGACCAUAUGUUGGAGGUGUAUGAUCGAUUACUCCCGUCAGCGGAGAGUGAUGAUCGGCGACGCCAACUCGUUCGCAAGUUGGAAAAGCUAUUCAACGAUCAAUGGCCAGGUCGGGAUAUCAAGGUCCACGUUUUUGGGUCGUCAGGGAAUAAACUCUGUUCAAGUGACUCGGAUGUGGACAUCUGUAUAACAACAACAUAUAAGGAAAUUGAGCAUGUGUGUCUGCUAGCGGAGGUCCUUGCUCGACAUGGUAUGGAACGGGUUGUCUGCGUAUCUCACGCAAAAGUUCCUAUCGUGAAGAUCUGGGAUCCGGAGCUGCGUUUAGCCUGCGACAUGAACGUGAACAACACAUUGGCGUUGGACAACACGCGUAUGAUUCGGACGUACGUGGAAAUUGACGAGCGCGUGAGGCCGUUGGCUAUGAUUAUCAAGUAUUGGACGAAACGGAGGAUACUCUGCGAUGCCGGACUGGGUGGCACACUAAGCUCCUAUACAUGGAUUUGCUUGAUCGUAAACUUCCUUCAAACGCGAGAUCCCCCCAUUCUUCCUAGCCUCCAGGCUCGGCCUCAUGAGAAGAAGGUUUCGCCAGAAGGAUUAGUGUGCUCCUUUGACGAUGACCUAAAUAAUCUGGUUGGAUACGGACGGAAAAACAAACAAAGUUUAGGCGAUCUACUUUUCCAGUUCUUCAAGUAUUAUGCUCACGAUCUUGACUACGAAAAGUAUGUCUUGUCUGUUCGAGAGGGCAAGCUGAUCUCAAAAGAAGCCAAGGGGUGGCACUUGCUGCAGAAUAACCGCCUUUGUGUUGAGGAGCCGUUCAAUACGUCAAGAAACUUGGGAAACACUGCGGAUGAUACAUCCUUUAGGGGCGUUCAUCUGGAACUCCGUAGAGCAUACAAGGCUGCCGCACAAGGAGAUCUUGAGCUCUGCUGUGAGCAGUACGAGUAUCCACCUGAGGAGGAACGUUCGUGGGAGCGACCGCCCCCGCAGCCACGGCCCAUUCUCACCGCGCCUCCGUCUUCUCGGGGCGGUCGCGGCGGUGGCCGUGGUGGGCGUCAUCCCCACCAAUAUCCUCGUGGUGGACACAGUGGUGGUCGUCGACCCUCAAAUACGCCCCAUAAGUCGAACAACUUCCGUCAAACCAGCAACGGUAUGAGUGCGUCGGAACUUUCUUUGCAAGCACAGCAGGCUCAAUAUCUACUUCAUGACCACCUCUACCAGCAGAUCCAGAUCCUCCAGGCCCAGGAACAGGAACUUCGACUACAGCUUCAGAACCAAGCACUUCUCACCGGGAGACCGCCGCCGGUGCUUAUCCGUCAACCAUUCAUACAAUUCCCUAUGCCUCAACAACAGCAGGAGUCAGCUGGCGAUGACAAUUCUCGUUCAAAGUCCGGAACAGCAAACCAUGCGCCUCAUGGAACGCAGCUACGCCAACAGGUUUACUAUGGCACCCCUUACCUUCCGGUUGCAAUCCCCGGGGUACAAGGUAGUACUACUAAUCCACCGUCACCAUCGGCGGCAACUGCUAUGCCGGAGCUCCGACGCAACCCACGUAGGUCGUCAGUUGCGAACGGUUCACCAGGCGGGUCGCUCAGGGCACACUCGCAACCCGCGCGGUCGGUCCACUCUCUUCCGAGCUUUGCCCCCAUAUAUUCAAUGACCCAAGACGCCCCUCAAAGUUUAAAGCAGCGCAAGACACCCACAUCCCCCGAUGGCACGCAGAACGAAGAAGACGGCAACUUCAUGCCUAGCAGCAUGCCCAAUGUCUCUCGCUUACCAUACUUGGAUGAGAGUCGACCAACUGAGUAUAUGAACUACUAUCUUGCUACUUCACCACAGUUGCAAACAUGCCAUCAGAAUGCUAUGUUGUCACCACUGCAAGCACCAGUAGGCUUGGCAUUACCAAACGGCAGUAUCAUGCCCUUCAUUCCCAAUUCUCACGAAUACUUGUCAACUCUCGCUCCUCAUGAAGCAUUCGGCCCUUCUCCUGAAAAUGGUACCAUGCAGACCCCUAAGGCUGGAUCCACGCGAGCAAUGGCACGACCAACAGCACCUGGCGACCGCAAUGGCCCCUUGAUCGUCGACGGGUCGGUGCCUCCGAGUGAACCACGCAACGCUGCGAUUUCUACCGAGGGCUAUGAUCCUUGUGGUGCUAUGAGCCAUUGUACAUCGACUUCAGAUGACCUCAAUACCGACACUCCCGCCAGCGUUUCCGACUCGUUCUCCCAAGAUUUCCAAGAUAACAGUUCGGUGGAGACAGAUCAAACACCUUACUUCGGUCGACAAGGAAUCGAUACCCGCAAACCAGCUGAUGCUUUAGUCAAUGGACACGGUGGGAAGCCUAGUCUACUCUCGAGUCGUCUGCAAAGCCUCCAUCUCUCGAACAGCGAGAAAAUGGCAGAACCGUUAUCAAAGCCCGCUUCAGAAAAGCCGAAGGCGGCUCAUACCCACCAAGAGUCAGCGGACAAGGACUCUUCUCGUCCCAGACAUUCUACCGCGGAGAGGGGGGCACCAGGAUUGGAUUUGCAUGGCCCAUCAUCGAAUGGGAAACGCCGGCCCAACGGUGUUGAUGCUCCUGAGAGGACCAAUGGAACCACUCACAAGACAAAACCCAAACAUCGUUCUGACCAUUCCCACCACAACGGUGGGCCCGGCGAUAAAGAACGGAAUGGUGGCCAUCCCUCGCGAAGGAUGAAUGGCAUUGGCUCAGCGCACGACUCCCAUGCCAACCACGCAAGCAGUGGCUGGCAGACAACUAAGAAGAAACAAAAGAAGAAUGCCAAGUCGAAUAGUGAAAACCGACACGGCUUUCAUGGCGGCGCCGAGCCCAUCCCUGCAGAUGAAUCCUUAAGAAAAGGCGGAUGA